GAGAGAGCGAGCAAAGAAAAAAGGAAGAGAAGUAGGCUCUCUCCGGGUGUCCCGGGUGCAAAUCAUUUAGACGUGUAGUUUCGAGCAUUGUAGUGUGCAGUGAUAGUGAUUGAUCGUGUUGUUACAUAGUAUACAGAACUUGAGACGCUCGUACGAGUGCCGUUGAUAAGAGUAUUUGCGUGAUAUCUUAUGAAAGCAGAGGCUACAAUGGCAACGUAUCUUAAGGGCUUGCAAUUGUGUGUGCAGUCUUUGCCUCUGUUUAUAAACUCAAGAACUAAGUGCGUGUUGUUGAGUGAACAUGAAUCGUGAUCUUAGUUUUCGUUCCACCUCGGAUACUACUGCCCGACACCAAGCUGUCUUUACUUAUUAUUAUUAUUAUUCAAAACUCAGGCAGACUCUUACAACAAAUACUUAUUAACUUGUCACUGUUACAAAGGAAUGGCAGCAGCCAUAAGGAGAAAUCACUCUCGAAGAAGAUUAGCUGCAUUUACAUUUUUAUCAAAUAUUUCAUUGGAUGGAAGUCACAGGGAUACUCGACUAGUGUUGCUUCCUCGAAACGGUGCAUCUAAUAAUCAAAACAGUGAGGUUCAACCAGUGCAAUCGAAACUAAAUAAAGAAAAUGUAGAAACUAUUAGGAAUGAAGCCUUAGUUGGUUCAUGUGAUGAAAAUACUAAUCAAGCAAGAAAACAUAAUGACUCACCUCAGCCUGUAGCACUUCCCAAUCGAGUGCAAGAUAGGUCAUUCAGCUCUGAUUCAGAGGCAACUGUAACACCAUCAAAAGCAGCUACUAACUUGCCAGAGCAAGAACACAACUGUCCUCUGCUUUUAUCAUCUCAUCAUGCUUCUUUCAGAGAACGCUCUGGCACUACAGGCAGUGAGCACUGUUUAAUUGAACGCCGAGUUGGCUCCUUGCAUUUCAAAAGGAAGAUUGCUCAUCAAACUUCAACCUUAUCAGAAGAUAUUAAAAAUCAGUAUAAUAGUAGUAAUGAGAGUAUAGGAUCAUUGCGUACAAAAUCUCUAUCACAAUCAUCAAAAUCAAAAUCUAAAGCACUUAGUAAUCCACAGACGGGUUGUAUGAAUAAUGGAAUAAUUCCAGAGGUUUCAAGAGAAUUGCGUUUUAUGAAAAAGCCAAUCAAUGGUCAUAAAUUUACUGAUGACCGAGUGAUAUUAGUAUCUUCUAAGAAAGUACCAUUUUUAGUGUUUUCAUCACUUCCCUUUAGCAAAGGACAACGCACUAGCUGGUCUGAGCUGCGCAAAGAUGGCGGGCGCAGAAAAAACACUAUCACCUCGAGGCCCUUAUCAUCCAUCAACGACAAUUUUGAUCCCUUUGGAUUGUUGGGCAUCGAAAGGGCCCAAAAUGAUCAACAGAUAUCGUAUAGAAAAUUACUGGAACCAUCAUCACAAUUCCAAAAGGAAAAGAAAAUGCACAUGAGUGAUAGUGAAGCUAUCGAGUUAAUGCACAUUUCAUCCAGCAAUAAACAUCACGUUGUAUCAAGGACGAAAACUAUUACAUGGAAUCCAGAACAUACGAAGUGGUGUUUGUCAUAUGAUAUUGCUACAAACCGCAUACAGCACGUAACAGAUGCUCCACCUAUUGUGUUAGAUCCUAAAGUCCAUGAGUGGGAUGAACAAUUUCCAUAUAACCCCAAUUUAUUAGAUGAUCCCGAAUUAAUUGCCGGGAAACACAGGACUUUACUCACGUUCACUUCAUACAUGGCUUCGGUUAUAGAUUACGUACGCCCGUCAGAUUUGAAAAAAGAAUUGAACGACAAAUUUCAAGAAAAGUUUCCACACAUUCAACUGACUUUAAGUAAAUUACGAAGCUUGAAACGUGAAAUGAGGAAAAUUGCUAAAAUGGAAAAUGGAAUUGACUUAUUAACAGUAGCUAUGGCAUACGUGUAUUUUGAAAAACUCAUUUUGCGAAAUAUCGUUACAAAACAAACUCGCAAGUUAUGUGCUGGUGCUUGCCUGUUACUCGCUGCUAAGUUAAAUGAUGUUAAGGGCCAAGUCUUGAAAUCGCUUAUCGAGAGAACGGAAAAUGUAUUGCGAUUAAAUCGCAAAGAUUUAUUGACAUCCGAAUUUGCAGUUCUCGUGGCUCUUGAAUUCGGCUUACAUCUUCCGACGUGGGAAAUCUUUCCACACUAUCAACGUCUUUUAUACGAAUCUUGACCUCUCAUCUAUUCGAUCGUAGGUAUAACUACCUGUUUUUAUCAUUAAACUUCAAACUGCGAGCAAAAAGUUCUUUCAACUUAAAACCAAAUAAAUUUAUUAAGAUAAUUUCCGAGUGAUAAUAUACAUAAAAGUUUAAGAAAAUUUAAAAAAAUUAUAAAUCAUAAACUUUUGCAAUUUAUAACAUAAAAGCAAAUAAUAUAAUAAUUAUAAAACAUUGAUUUUAUGUUUACGUUGUAGGUGUACUUAAAAAAUAAUGUUCUUUAUCAUUUCUCACUGAAUUCGAAUUAUUUCGACAGUAUGGAGUUUACGUUAUUUAUAGUUGUAACUGUUUAUUCAGUUUGUCUUUACGUGAUAUGAGUUUUUUAAUCAAACUUUUGUAACUUUACUGUCUUUUCUCUUUGUAUAUUCACGUUUUGCUUUUUAAUGACUUGCAUUAUUGCCAUACAGUUUGCCAAUUUAAAAAAAUAACUAGUACUGAUUGGUCUUACAAUGUCAGCUGUAAUUUGUCAGCUGCAUUUCUAAAGUAGUUCUAGAAAUAAAACUCGAAUAGUGUAUUGUAAGCUAUUUAACUUUAUAUAAUUACAAAUUUGGUAAAAUUCACCCAGUACGUGUGCAAAACAGUAGGAUUACUCUCAGCCUUGAUGUAAAACUUCCAAAUAUUGUCCCAUAAGACGUCCAAAAUAGUUUAUGGAAAAUAAUUUUUAUGUGCUUAACAAUUUCAUGAAAAUAAAAACAGUAAUGAGUUCUAUAGAAAAAGAAAGAUUAGAAAGAGUUUUUGACAUUACAAGAUUUUAAUAUUUCUAUAAGAAAUUUGAAUACAAGGAAAAAUCUUUGAGUGUAUAUAUUGAAAUGAUAAGAAAGGUAUUUUGCACCAUUUUAUAAGCAGUCGAUUUAAUUUGAACAGAUAUUCAAUAUUUAUUGUUAUAUUCUUCUACACACUUUACCACAAUAAUUAUAGUGCAAAAUUUGAUAUUCUCUGAGUACAUAGUGCUGAGACUGAUCAUCCAUAAUUUUUGGAUUAUUAAUAUAGUCGUGGUUAAAAAGACUUUUAGCCUAUUUCAAAAUUAGCGCAGCACAAACUUCGUUUGUACCGCUCAUUAGAUUAAUAUACGAUUUGAAUCAGAAGAAUCUUGGGAUAAAAGUCCAUGAUUUAAAGGAUUGUAUAGAUUUAAUAAGGAUUUCAUCGGUUUUCACUUGAAAAACUUAAUAAAAAAAGUUUAUGAUACAUUUUGUAAUGCUUUAGUACUCUACUUUCUUCUAGUCUACGAAUGCUGAAUGUAUUUCAAUGUAAAUAUGGUGUCACCAAUUAAAGUCAAAACGUUGUUGAUUCGGGGCGGGGAAUCCGAAAAGAGUAACAUUUAUAAAUUUAAUAAACCUGGCCAAUGUCUUAUUGGUAUUUACAACAAAAUCGAGAAUUUACUUAUCUCAAUAUAGCACAUAUUUGAUAGUAUGACGACUUUUGUAGAAUGAAGCUUUUAAUUACUACAGAAACAAAGCGUGCGUUUAACCACAUUCAAUUUAUCUUUUUCAAAGAAAGCAAAACUCUUUAAUGUACCUGUUAAAUUGUGAGUCAAGAUUUCAUCAUUUUGUAAAUAAUAAGUUAAUGUACAUAUAAAAAUCUAGAGUAAAAAGAAAGUGUCAAUCGAGAUUUGAAUACACAAAAGUAAGUAAUUCAAUAGUUAUUGUUUUUAUUUUAUAAUUUGUGUUUGAUUAUUAUUGAUGAUGAAAAUUUAAUUGUUUAAUGAUCAUGUAAAUACUUUCGAGUUACAUUGACUCUUGUUAAAAAUUUUCUUAUAAAUAUUUUUUAUGACUGAAGGUGAUUUGGAUUUGAAAAUCUGAAUGACAGUUAGAUAGUUAACGAGCUGGGUCUCGAUAUUAUUAUUAUUAUCAUUAUCAUUAUUAUUACAUAAUCUACCAAUAGUACAAGCUUUUCACAUUAUAUACAAACAGUAUCUACAAUUCUAUACCUUUCAAUCUUGUAUACCGAAAAUUGUACUGUCUAAUAAAAACCUACAUAA